UAAGAGAUACUUGAUGUUAAACUUAUAGUUGAUAGGACGGAGGAGAAGAGAGAUGUAAACAUUCACAUCUUGAAGCGAAUUAACGCAGUCAUCGCCGGCUAUUUAUUGGCUGUUGUACGAUUAUGCACACGAGACUAUGACAUAAUCGAGUGCAUAAUUUCAUUGAUCUUGCUUUGCAUACAGAUACCAUAUCUAAACGAAUGAUGGAGAUAGGUAUUAGGUACCUAUAGGUAUACUUGCUGACAAACUAUACACAAACGACGUAGCCAAGAAUUACGAUUUUUUUUAUUUUAGCGUAGGUUGGUAAGUACAUAAAUUCGUAUGAGAUUUUGAAUUUUACGAUUAUACAUUAAUGAGAACUUGUUGCGCUAAGAUGUUUGUUAGAAAUAGGUAACUUUGUGUUUUGUGUUCAACCAAUUGGAUUAAUCAAUCGCGCGUGAGAAAAGAACGUCGGCCAAAUUUGACAAGAGAUAUAAAACGAGUACACUACACAUCCAUCAUGAAUUUUUCGAGAAUAUUCUUGCUGAAUGCGGAGCCAAUAUGUGGCAGUGGCCUGGUAUCAUUUUACGCUGCUUACGUCGAGUAUAUCAGCCCGUACCUGUUUUUUAUCGUCAGUAUAAUAGGAUCAACGCUGAAUAUAUUCUGCAUCAUCGUAUUCACGAGGAAAUCCAUGAUUUCGCCCAACAACCUGAUUUUCGCUCAUUUAGCCAUCGUCGAUUUAGCUACCCUCAUUACCUACAUGCCACGCUGGGCUAACGAGGCUAUAAGACUGAAGAUGUACUCUGUUAAGGAGCACAGGACAUACGAAUGGGAAAUCAUAGGCAAGUAUUCGUAUCACGUCGCAGCAAUAUUCCACGGAACAUCAGUCUGGCUAGCUAUCAUGUUGGCAGUUUGGCGAUACAUAGCCAUCGUACAUCCUUUGAAGGAACGCCAAUGGUGUAAUUUGAAAACUACCAAGAUUUUCAUAGCUGUGGGAUAUGUAACGACGUGUUCCUUCGGGAUAAUACCUUUUUUUUUCGCGCUUGAAGUUCAAGCAUUUGAUAGGUUACUCGAUAGCGACGGAUAUAUAACCUGGAAUCGGACCAUCGGUAUUCCAACCAAACUUUUCCUGUUACAACCGGUCGAAUCCAGCCGAGAAAUAACAAUACUGUUAGCGUUGGCUACUGCAGUCAUCGUGAAAAUACUACCAAUGGUUCUUGUGUCUGUGUACAGUUAUAAAUGUAUCGUUGCUCUACAACUAGCGAAAAACCGUCGCAAGAAAUUAACAAUCAGAUUGAACGAAAGUAAUACAACAAACACAAGAAAGAAUCCAUUGACAGAUCGUACGACAAGAAUGUUAUUAGUAAUAUUAGCUUUAUUCUUUACACCUGAAAUGCCACACGCAAUAUUUUUUUUAUUGGUUGUAAUUAUUGGUCAGAAGUUUGACGUGUGUCUUUCGUACUUAUUUGAAGUAUUCAACGAUAUAGUCUUGGUCUGCAUAUCGUGUAAUUUUAUAGUUUAUUAUACAAUGAGUCGGCAGUUUCACGACACUUUUAUCCAACUGUUUAACAGUAAGCCAUCUUCGGCUCAGCCAAAACCGGCGCUUAUUUUAGCUGAUCGUGAGGUCCAUAUGUGAUGUGUGAUGUGACAUGAUACUUUCGCACGAUCGAGUGUCAAAAUAGACAAUUUGAGGAGUAUUACGAUAAUCACCUGAAUUCAUACGAGUACCUAUGUAAUGAAGUGAUACUUGAAUAAAAUAUCUGAAUUGAAAAA